UGCGUUUUCAAGUUCCGUCUUCUUCUUCUUCUUGACAUCCAUUAAUCUUUGAGAACUUGUCAUUGAAAGUUGAGGCCUUUUACCCCCAUGGCAACUCUUAGCUGCUCGUUGAACAAUCCGAAAACUUCCGACUCUUGCACCCCUUUGAAACAUUCACACCCCAGGUCAAUCUCCAAGGUCAGGGUCAUUAUAAGAGUUCGACCCUUUCUUCCUCACGAAAUAUCUGCAAGAAAUGGAAACUCAAGUGCAUGCAUCUCCGUCCUGGGCCUGGAUUCUGAGUCCCCGGAGGAAAUCACAGUUUAUCUCAAAGAUCCUGAAACCAGCCGAAAAGAGUGUUAUCAGUUGGAUUCCUUCUUUGGCCAGGAGGAUAACAAUGUGGGUAAGAUUUUCCACCGAGAAGUAAGCCCUUUGAUAUCAGGUAUCUUCAGUGGCUGCAAUGCAACGGUGUUCGCUUAUGGAGCUACUGGCAGUGGAAAAACAUACACUAUGCAGGGCACUGAGGAACAACCUGGCUUAAUGCCACUAGCAAUGUCUGCGAUCUUGUCAAUAUGCCAAAGCACUGGUGGUACAGCUCAGAUUUCAUACUAUGAGGUUUAUAUGGACAGGUGCUACGAUCUCUUGGAGGUCAAAGCAAAGGAAAUUUCAGUGAUGGAUGACAAGGAUGGACAAAUUCACCUCAGGGGACUCUCUCAGGUUCCUAUACACACAAUGUCUGAAUUUAUGGAGACAUUUUCUACUGCUGUGCAGAGAAGGAAAGUUGCACACACAGGCCUCAAUGAUGUCUCAAGUAGGAGUCAUGGGGUGCUUGUGAUUUCCGUCUCCACUCCUUCCCAUGAUGGCACCAGAGGAUUUGUGUGUGGGAAGUUGAACCUCAUAGACUUGGCAGGUAAUGAAGACAACAGAAGAACUUGCAAUGAAGGGAUUCGUCUAAAAGAAAGUGCCAAAAUAAAUCAGUCUCUGUUCGCAUUGUCAAAUGUGAUAUAUGCCUUGAACAAUAACAAACCUCGAGUACCCUAUCGAGAAACCAAGUUGACCCGGAUAUUGCAAGACUCUCUUGGAGGAACUAGCCGGGCACUCAUGGUUGCUUGCUUGAAUCCAGGAGAAUACCAGGAGUCUGUUCACACAGUGAGUUUGGCUGCUAGGUCAAGGCAUAUCUCUAAUUUUGUACCUUCAACUCAGAAACAAGAGACCCCAAAAGUUAAAGUUGACAUGGAAUCCAAACUAAAAGCUUGGCUAGAAUCAAAAGGCAAAACAAAGAGCUCACAAAGACUUAGAGCAUUUAAUUCUCCAUGUUUAAGGAAAACUCCCAAGUCCGUAAACUCUGCCAAGAGAUCUGUAACCUUCGACAGUUCUGUGAAAGGAGGAGGAACUGCUAGGACCCAAGAUGCUGAACAAACAAAAGAAAGGGCUUUUGCUGUGGCCUUUAGAAAUCUACCAGAUGGUGAAGGCCCUUUUGAUUUUUGUUUGGAGAGCCCGCACCAUGGUGAUAUGUACAAUAAAGAAGAGAUUGUAGCCAGUGAGGUUGCAUCAGAAUCAAAUAAUUAUCCACUAGUUGAGUCAUUGGGCAAGAAGGAGAACUCACCCAUUAUGAACAGAAGAAAGGAUUAUUUGUCAACCACCACUGACAAUGAAAAUACAUUACGAAGUCCUCUAAGAAAAGCACUCUCUCCCAUCAAUAUCAAUGAGAACCAUAGGAACGGCACUCCGCUCGACAAAUUAAGUGCAAGAAGUUCUACAUUGAAGAACUGUCUAGUUCAGGAAUACAUUUAUUUCUUGAAUAAUGCAAGCAGAAGGGAACUGCUGGAGUUGAAGGGUAUAGGAGAGAAAAUGGCAGAAUAUAUUAUAGAUCUCAGAGCAGAAAGCCCUAUAAAAUCUUUAAAUGAUUUGGAGAAGAUUGGCCUCUCUUCCAAACAGGCAUAUAACCUGUUCACUAAAGCUGCAAGAACGCUAUUUGAAGAUAAAGCAAAAGAUGCAACAGUAACUCGCUGAUUUGGCUGUUUUUCUCUAGCCAAUAUCAAUAAUUGUACCAUUAGUCCUAACUCUCUUCUCGUUUGUUUAAAUAGCAUUAUUAGCAUAAAGUUAGGUCAUCCCUUUCCCCUAGCAACAUCCUCAAUGUUGCCUUGUGUUCGUGUGUGUACCAUAGCGAAGAAGAACUAUGUUCUUGUUUAUAUGUUAAAUUAAUAGUUUGGUAUUUUCAAAUUGAAUUAUUAUUUUAACGUCAUCUUUUAACUUUGUUCAUGUCAAGUUUUCAACUUUCAUUUGAUAUGUGCUACUGUAUUUACUCCAUAUUAACAA